UUUCACACUCAAGCCGUUCACCAAUUAAUCAGUUGUAAAUAUUUAUGGAGAAAAGAUCGCUCAAAAUUAUAAAAUGUGGUGAGUCUCAAUGAUUGAUAAAAUUCUUCAAUCGACGGCCGGUAAACCGUGUUCUUGUCCAAAAGGAAAAAUAUGUUCAGCAUGCAAGAAAAAGAAAGUUAUAAAACCACGUAUACACGUUGAACAGCCAAAGCGUCUCCCUGUUCCAAUAGCAAUCAAUCAUUAUAAAGAGAGAAAACCUACCCUAAUAAAAAUAUCCGAGAGUGUUAAAUCAUUGCGUAAUCGAAAUUAUACCAAACACGAAUUUACUUUUUGCAAUUGGUAUAAACGUCGUAAGGCUCUAAGAGAUUUGAAGAAAGAAGAAAAGAGAAAAAGAGAAGUGUAUUUACAAAUAGCUAGAAGAGAAAUAGAGAAGGAAGUCUUAGAGCAGUUAAUACAGCAACAGAGAUUAAUAGAAAAAUAUGUACCACCGCCGAAACCAAUUCCAAUUGUGAAGACGAAAACCGAAAAAGUGCGUUCGAAAGGAAAGUCAAUUAUUGCAAAGCCAAAAGUGAAUUCCCGCUAUGUGACAGUUAAACGAUACAAAACCACCUAGACACUAAGUACAAGGUGCAUGAAUUGUUGUUAUCGAAUCUGCUGUCAAUUCUACUGCUGUCUGUCCUGUCUCCUUAUUAUUACAUUCGCAUUAAUAAUGCUUAUAUAAACUUGUACUUAAUAAAAAAUAGUAAAUGUAUGAAUUCAUGUAGAGAUUAAACUACUGUAUCAGAUGUCCUAAGAUAAUUUUUUUAUUCUGUAGUGUAAUAACUUAUUAUUAUCUAAUUUUAGUUAUUUUUAAAUACCUAAUAAAUCGAUACUAAUGAUAAGUGAAAUACCUACUGUAAUUAACAUAAUGUUAAAUGUUUGUUUUAAUAUUUAACCCCUAAGUGAGCAUGAUUUGCGAAACCUAAUAAUAUGUAUGAAAAAAAGUGAUCUCGGGCACAAAGACAAAAAAUCUAAAUAUUGCUUGAUAAUAUUAUAUUUAUAAACAUAGUGAUAAUUUAUUUAAAUAUUUCUCUUUAGAUAGAUAUGUAUUUGAUAGGUAGGUAAUAGGUUUCUACUGUAUCUUAAUUAGUGGAAGUUACUUAUUAGAAACUUAUAUCUUUUUACGAGAAAAAUAAGACCGUUAUUAGGCUGUAAGAAUCCCUAAAAAAACAUCGCUGAACGAAUAACAUUAUAAUUAUAUUUCGUGUAAAUUAAAUUUUGUGAUGUAUCUCACAUCACACACUGAAUAUGUCUAAAAUUAUGUCCAGCACUGUAAAAGCCCGAAUUACGGUAAAUCUAUUUUUUAUAUACUUACAUCAG